GGUACCACUUGGCUUAAGAGGGGUGGGGCUGCGCCUGCGCAGCAAGGUCGGUGGGGAAGAUGGCGGAUGACAAGGAUUCUCUGCCCAAACUUAAGGAUCUGGCAUUUCUCAAGAAUCAGCUGGAGCGCCUGCAGCGGCGUGUGGAAGAUGAAGUGAACAGUGGCAUGGGCCAGGAUGGCUCGCUCCUGUCCUCCCCGUUCCUCAAGGGCUUCCUCGCCGGCUACGUGGUAGCCAAACUAAGGGCAUCGGCAGUACUGGGCUUUGCUGUGGGCACUUGCACUGGCAUCUACAUAGCCCAAGCAUAUGCUGUGCCCAAUGUGGAGAAGACGCUGAGGAACUAUCUGCAGUCACUACGCAAGGGGCCUGACUAGCUCUGGAUCCCAUGGAGGGGAAGAGGUGAGCAGCUGGGUCCUGCAGGAGGAAGGAGGCCCUUGAACCACAGACGACGCCCCAUCUCACGUUCCUGGCGGCCCUGCAUGUGCUGUCUCCAUCCUCCCUGCCACCUUGCUUCCCUUCCUGCAGAGGGUGUACAGGUUCCCUUCCCAACUUGCACCCUGAAUCCCUUUUCCCCACCCCAUUGACCCCGUAGGACUGGCCCCAAAACUGUGGCUCCAAGGGCCAUACCCACAAUCCUCUUCCAGCCCUUAUUGGAGUUUGCAGCUGCCUCCGAUCCUUAGUAUUUUCUGGCAAUGUGCCACAGCCCCUCCCUCCUGGGAGCUGGCUCUAUAACUAGAUUUUCUUCAGAUGAGUCCCCACCCCAACUCCCAACCCCACCCGUGCUACCCCUUGCUACACAGGCCAUCUGGGAUCCGGUCUAGG